AUGGUUACUCUUUUGGAGCGUUUGCACAUGAAAUGGCUUGUGAGCACUAGCUUGGUAACAGAGGAAACACAUGUGCCCAAUUCGCAUUCUCGCUUGAAAUCUAGCAUGGAUUUCAGUCCAACCCCUCUUGAUCCUGCUGCUACUGUGCCUCCUUCUCUGAUCAAGAAAAUUGUGAAGACAGGUUGUGACAUCAGGAAACCUCAUUCCUCUUCUACUAGGGCAUAUUUAAGGAAUUUUCCCUCUGAAAGGAAACAAGGGGUAAUGGUGAAAAGACCCUUUCUUUAUAAGGUGUAA